GCUGCCUGCCUGGACCAGAGGCUGGGCGGCGGGUGAAGGCAGAGAUGGGGAGGCCAGCGUGUAGUGCAUCCCUGCAGCCUCGAUGAGCGCGGAUAGCGGGGCCUGGAGCAGGCAGCCGGUAAGGGACGCCGGGCGGAGGAGGGGCGAGGGGUUCUCCGCGCCUGGAAGCGGAUGCCGGGUCGGAAGUCUCCGAGGAGUGAAACUGUUUCCAUCCAAAGGAGACCGAGCAGGGAAAGAAGAGGCAAGAGGAGUCCCAUCCUAUCCAAAGACAGCUAAGUCUCCAAAAAAGGACCUGCUCUUAUGAGACAAACUCCCCAGAAGGAAGGAAAUCAUUAUUAUUCUUUGCCAUUUAGAUAUAGAUUAUAGAAAGCAAAAUAAUAUAUUUUUUAAAUCAGCUGCCUGGUUUUGCACAAAAUUGAGCCCAAUCGGUGACUCUUUGGGAAUCCCUUUUCUCCUGGGAUCCCGUCUAGCCCCACUGCUUGUAUUCCCAGGCGAGAAGGUUCAGGUCCGAUUUCCCGGAGAGAGACUCAAAUACCCAGAGCGAGACCUUGAACUCAGCUAAGGGCAGGACUCUGCGGACCGCCUGCGAUAGGGCAGUGCCAGGCCAAAUCUGGCAGGAGGAGCAGGAAGGAAGCAGGGCCGGGCCAAUGCCAGAGGGAGCUGGAGAGCUGACCAAAUCCAAAGGCGGACUUUUAUCUUAAUUGUAAAGUAAAGCGGAAAACAAGGCUGACUUUUGAGGAUUAAAGAAAAACUAAAACAAUUAAAAAAAAACUUCACCAGGAAAGCUGCUUGGUUUUGCACAAAAUUGAGCCUAAUCGGUGACUCCUUGGGAACCCUUUUUCUCCCAAGUCAAGUGGGAUCCUGUCUAGUCCCACUGCUUAUAUUCCCAAGCGAGAAGGUUCCGCUCCGAUUUCCCGGAGAGAGACUCAAAUACCCAGAGCGAGACCUUGAACUCGGCUAAGGGCAGGACUUUUAUCUUAAUUGUAAAGUAAAGUGGAAAACAAGGCUGACUUUUGAGGAUUAAAGAAAAACUAAAAUAUUUUUUUUAAAAAAACUUCACCAGGAAAGCUGUUUGGUUUUGCACAAAAUUGAGCCUAAUUGGUGACUCCUUGGGAACCCUUUUUCUCCCAAGUCAAGUGGGAUCCCGUCUAGUCCCACUGCUUAUAUUCCCAGGCGAGAAGGUUCAGGUCCGAUUUCCCGGAGAGAGACUCAAAUACCCAGAGCGAGACCUUGAACUCAGCAAAGGGCAGGACUUUGGGAACCACCUGCGAUAGAUAAGAGAGGAGGGCAGUGCCAGGCCAAAUUUGGCAGGAGGAGUAGGAAGGAAGCAGGGCCAGGCCAAUGCCAAGGGAGCCGGAGAGCUGACCAAAUCCAGACUUUGAUCUCAAUCUUAAAGCAAAGGGGAAAAUAAGUCCGACUUUAGAGGAUUAAAGAAAAACUAUUUAAAAAAAACUUCACCAGGAUAGCUGCCUGGUUUUGCACAAAACUGAGCCCAAUCAGUGACUCCUUGGGAAUCCCUUUGCUCCCAAGCCAUGUGGGAUCCCGUCUAGCCCCACUGCUUGUAUUUCCAGGCGAGAAGGUUCAGGUCUGAUUUCUCAGAGAGAGACUCAAAUACCCGGAGCGAGACCUUUAACUCUCCUAAGGGGCAGGGCUUUGCAAACCGCCUGUGAUAGAUAAGAGAGAGGAGGGUAGUGCCAGGCCAAAUCUGGCAAGAGGAGCAGGAAGGAAACAAAUUGGCUGGGCCAAUGCCAGAGGGAGCCGGAGAGCUGACCAAAUCAAAAGGCAGACUUUUAUCUCAAUCUUAAACUGAAGGGGAAAACAAGGCUGACUUUUGAGGAUUAAAGAAAGACGGAAAGAAAUUUUUAAAAAAUUUCAUCAGGAAGUAGCUGGGGGAGGAAAAGGAAUAGUUUCUCAGAGUGGUUCCAAAUAGAUAAGCCUUACUUUGCUGGCCUCGGAGGGCAUCAAGGUGUUGAAGGCCACAUUCGGCACUGCUGCAGAUUGGCUCCGGUGCCAAACAAACAAGACGUUUGCAAACAAGAGUCAUCCCCGGCCGUGUCGUAAGAUGGAGAAAGGUUUGGCAAGGUGAAUGCAGACCCCUCUGUGAGAUCAUUGCAAACUGAUCUUGUCAUGAGACUCGGGGUUGUGCUUUGGAUUUGCGUCGUCCCUUCUGGCCUGGCUUGGAUGACUUCUCUUUCCAAGAUCUCCCUACUGACGGAGCGGGCCUCCUUUUUCCAAUAAGGAGUCUCGCGGGUUCUGCGCGAACCUAUGCAGGCCAGGAAAAAAUACAUCUUGAUGACUUUCUUUGCCACUUGGCUCCUGCUCUCCCUGUUUGGAGGCGACCAAAUACGACGCUUUGCCUUCCUGCCCAGCAAGAAAUCUGGGGCGCUGCGAAGCUGGCCGCGCUGGGCAGACGGGCUCCUCCUGGAGAGCUUUGCGGACCCUGAGCAGCUUGAGAGCAAUGAGGGGGACCCUGAGGAGCAGCCCCCCAAAGCUCGGCGAGAGUUGAGGAGGAACAUCUACAGGAACAGCCGCUGCCGUAUGGAGACCUGCUUCGAUGCCUCCAAGUGCCAGGAGCAUGGCUUCAAAGUCUUCGUCUACCCCUUGGAAAGGGGGGACCCCGUGUCGGAAAGUUACCUCAAAAUUGUCGCCUCCUUGGAAGAGUCGCGGUACUUCACUUCCAACCCCGAAGAGGCCUGCCUCUUUGUCCUCAACAUUGACACGCUGGAUCGGGACCACCUCUCCCCGCGCUAUGUCCGUGGCAUCGACGAGAAAAUCCAAGGCUUCCCUCUCUGGAACGACGGCCGCAACCACCUCAUAUUCAACCUCUAUUCAGGCACAUGGCCAAACUAUACCGAAGACUUGGGCUUUGACAUUGGUCAAGCCAUCCUAGCCAAGGCCAGCUUCUACAUGGAACACUUCCGCCCCGGUUUUGACAUCUCCAUCCCUUUGUUUUCCAAGGAUCAUCCCCGGAAAGGCGGGGAGAAAGGCUGGCUGCACAAGGCCUCGGUCCCGCCAAAGAAAAAGUACCUCUUGGUUUUUAAAGGGAAGCGGUACCUGACGGGAAUCGGGUCCGACACCAGGAACGCUCUCCAUCAUAUCCACAACGGCAAAGACAUCAUUUCCCUGACUACGUGUAAACAUGGGAAAGACUGGGAGAAGCACAAGGACAAGCGGUGCGAUAAGGACAAUGCAGACUACGAAAAGUUUGAUUAUCAGGAACUUUUGCACAACUCCACCUUUUGCAUCAUUCCCCGAGGGAGGCGCCUGGGGUCCUUCCGAUUCCUAGAAGCAUUACAGGCUGCCUGCAUCCCAGUUUUGCUCAGCAACGGUUGGGAGCUGCCCUUUUCCGAAGUGAUCGAUUGGAGCAAAUCCGCCAUUGUCGGGGACGAGAGGCUCCUUCUGCAGAUUCCGUCUACUGUCCGAUGUCUCCACAGCGACAAGAUCCUGGCUUUCCAGCAGCAAACGCAGUUCCUGUGGGAAGCUUAUUUCUCCUCCGUGGACAAGAUUGUCCACACCACCCUUGAGAUCAUAAAGGAUCGGAUAUUUCAUCAAGAAUCCCGCCCAAGGUUCUUGUGGAACGCACUUCCGGGAGGGCUGCUGGCACUGCCAGAAUUCUCCACUCAUCUGAAUGACUUCCCUUUCUACUACCUGCAGCAAGGAUCCAGCCCUUCCAAUAAGUUUACGGCGUUCAUCCGGGCCAUGUCUCCGGUCGUCUCCCUCUCACAGCCCAUCCUCAAGCUCAUCCAAGCCGUCUCCAGGUCCCAGUACUGUGCCCAGAUUUUAGUUUUAUGGAGCUGCGAGAAGCCACCGCCACAAAGCAGUAAAUGGCCGCAGACGUCGGUUCCCUUGAGAGUGAUCCACAGCAGCAACAAGGUCAGUGACCGGUUUUUGCCUUACUCCGCCAUUGAAACAGAUGCAGUGCUGAGCCUGGAUGAACACACCAGCCUCUCCACCAACGAGAUUGACUUUGCCUUUGUGGUGUGGAGGAGCUUCCCUGAGCGGAUUGUGGGCUUCCCCAUGCGCAGCCACUUCUGGGAUGCCAGCAAGAGCCAGUGGAGCUACACCUCAAAGUGGACCAACGAAUUCUCCAUGGUUCUCACUGCAGCCGCAUUCUACCACAGGUAUUAUCACAGCCUCUUCACCCAUUUCUUGCCUGCUCGGCUACGGGGCCUCAUUGAUCAGAUUGCCAACUGUGAGGACAUAUUGAUGAACUUCCUCGUUUCUGCCGUUACCAAGCUACCUCCCAUUAAAGUGACCCAGAAAAAACAGCACAGAGAGAGCACCGCUCAGCAGCUGCUGAAGAGCGCCCCUCCAUCCAACGGGAACCUUCAGUUUUCUCAGCGGCAGGACUGCGUCAACCAGUUUGCAAGCUGGUUCGGGUACAUGCCCCUGGUGCAUUCCCAGUUUCGCCUCGACCCCGUGCUCUUCAAAGACCAGGUGUCCGUGCUGCGGAAGAAGUACCGCCACCUCGAGAGGGACUAGCUCUGCUGGAGAAAAGCACCAGGCCAACUCUUGGACCAAAUGCUAAAAGUGGAAGGGAAGCUGUGGAAAACCAAAAGCAGCCCUCCGACUAGUGAAGCAAUGGAACCCAAGAGCAGCAUACACUAUUCUGGUCCUGACGGGACACAUCUGCAUGGUCCAUAACCUUGUGGAAAUGGAGGCCAUGCCGGUGCAUCGGAGAAGCCCUUCAGACUUUGAGUGCCGAAAGGUGGAACCUCAUCUCACUGGUCGCUGCGGAAGUGCCAGAUGGAUUUUCACACUUUAUUGGGUUUUACCAGUACAAAUAAAGGUUUGCAGGAA